AUGGAUCUCGUUGGCACCAAGCUGCUCCAAGAGCAAUCGUUUGCGCAAUUCGUGCUCGCACCGUGCAAUGGCAAAAUAUCUGCUAUCUACAGCGAUUUGCUUCGCCUGCUCCUUCGGACGUUUAGUCGCCGCAAACGUCCGCAGUACCACAACAAGCAAGUUGUCGUCACGAGCUAUGAGGAAGUGGAUCAUAUGGUGCACGCUACGUCCUGCCUUGGGUCACUAGCGUCGAUACUGGUGCUCAGUCCCAUCCGACCGAGCAAUCGCAUCGCGAACCAAGCAUUUCAACUCGUGGGGAUCGCGACGUGGCACUAG